AUGGAUGCAAAUGUUUUACUUUCUUUAGACAGAGUAAAAAAGGAACUUAGAAAAGAUGAUAGAUCUUUGAAGAAUAGAAUUGCUAGUAUCCUCCUAGACAAUCAAUUCCUUGAAUCUGAAGUAAUUCCAAUGUUUCCCAGAUAUCCUGUUAUUCCAAACGAAAGAUGUGGUAUUUGGUACUGUGACCCAAAGAAAUAUGAGAAGACAUGCUAUUUUAAGAGCACUGAUGGACACACUAAUCAGUGGAAUUUUAGCACAAGGAGGUUGAAUUUCCAUCUUUUGCCUUUAUUAAAGGAUUAUCCAGGCAUCAUUAUUGUGGAUAGUACAAGACGUGGAAAAAAGAUGCCAGAUGCAUUAAGCAAGACUAUUCCAAUCUGGUGUGCUGUAUUAAAUCAUUUGAUGUUAAAAUCCAAAGAAAACAACAUAGAUUAUAACAACCUACUAUUUACUCCAAAUGAGACAGUAUCGUUAUCUGAACGGUCCAGUAUUAUUGAAAAAUUACCAAAAUUAAGUGAACAGUUGGAAAGAUUGAAAAUCGUUGAUGGUAAGACUAUGUAUAAUGAUUUUAAGGGAAAGCUACUUCGACCUAUAUGGAUUUACCCGGGAUCUGAUAUUUUAGAAAGUUCCAAAGAUAUCUUCACAGGUGAAAAAAUAGCAUCUGAAUGGUUUAUUAGUCAAGAUUCAAAUUUUAUUCCAAUCAUCUUGUGUACUGUAAGUUUUCAAGCACAGGAUGGUGUCGAGAAGAGAGAUGGAUUUACUUAUCAUCAAGGAGCAGGUGAUGAUCAUGAACUAUGGUCUAAUGGAUUAGAACCAGAUCUUUUUUGGGCCCAUAUAGAUCAAUUCAAACAAUUCCAAGAUUCAAAUGAAGAGAUAGAAAGGUUAGUUGAUGAACUUGUGCUGAAAGAUAAAAUGAAUAGACACUUAAACAGAGAUUUUUCAACUAUUGCCCAAUCAGUUCCCAACAUAGAGAUUAUCACCAAGGAAAUACAAUUAGGAGUUGUGAUCGAUGGACUUCUUAUAACUAAACAACUAACUUAUAAUCUUAUAGAUAAGUUUUCACAGGUUAUAAUAUUAAGUGAUACAGUUACAUUACAAGAUGAUCAAUUAACCGAUGCAAAAUCACUGAAGAUAUAUAAGUUAAGAAGCGGAUCAAAGAAAAGUUCUAAAGAACUACGGAUAAAAUUAAUAGAGAUAGACCAGAGUAUUAAGCCGUUAUUAGAACAAGGAUCCAAUUUGAUAAAACCUAUUCUUAUUUGUUGUAACACUGGAGAAGAUAUGUCAAUCGGUGUCAUCCUAAUGUUAUUAUCCAAGUAUUAUACUAUGGAUUGGCAAAUAGCGCCAAAGGAUCAAACAAUAUCGAUUUCUAAAAGCACAAUCCGCCAACAUUUAACUCAAAUUAUAUCUCAUUUACAAGGGAGAAACGUGAAUCCAUCUAGAGCUACUUUAAAUAGCGUAAAUAGUUAUUUAAUGUAA